AAAAAGAUGUUUACGGAAUUAAUUAUAUUUUUCGCGAGUGCUGCACUUGUUUUUUAUAUUUGGCAAAAGCGCUUUUAUGGUUAUUGGCAAAGAAAUGGUGUGAAGUCGAUCAAACCUGAGCCCAUAUUUGGAAAUAAACGUAGUUUUUUGACUGGGAAAGUUCCACUCUAUGAGCAAAUUAGUAUGCUCCACUCAGCCAAAGGAUUCGAGAACGAGCCAUUAAUCGGAGUAUACUUCCUGAAGGGUCCUGGAGUAAUUGUGAGGGAUCUUGACCUUGUCAAGACUGUGAUGAUCAAGAAGUUCAACCAUUUUGUAAAUCGAGUUAUACAAACGGAUCCAAUUCAAGAUACAAUCGUCUACAACAAUCUCUUACUUUGUUCCAGUGAGGAUUGGAAAGUUCUCAGGAAUAAAAUCUCUCCUGUCUUUACCAGGAAAAAUAAAGCAAAUGUUGGUAAGGAUCUAGAGGAGAACUUGGGGAAAGUGCCCGAUAAUUCUGUUGUUCGCAUUAAGGAUAAAUGUGCUCGAUUUACCAUUGAUCUUGUAGCGAGUAUUGCUUUUGGAAUCAAGGCUAAUGCUUUGAAAAUGGACAAUAGCGAGUUCUUUAAGGUUAACACUGAAUUCUUUAAGCUCAACUUGAAAACGUUUUUAGAUGUUUUCUGCAUGCUAAUAUUAACGAAACUGAUUCCCUUGCUGCGUGUCAAAAUGUUUCCCAAAGUGACCAGAGAUUUCUUUAUUCGUACUGUAUCCUAUGUUUUGAAUGAGCGUGAAAAGUCUGGAGUGCAACGUAACGAUCUAGUCGACGUUCUACUGGCUAUGAAACGAGAGACUCAAUCUAAAAAUAAUGAGUUUAAUGAUAAAGAUCUAGAGUACUUGGUUGCCCAAGCUGCUCUAUUUCAGACAGCUGGAUUUGAGACUAGUUCAUCUACCAUGGCAAUGACUCUGUUUGAGUUAGUACACAAUACUGCGAUCCAAGAUCGACUUCGCUCGGAGAUAAAGGAAUACUUAGGGAUGAGCUAUGAACGCUUGCAGGAAAUGCCUUAUCUUAGUCAAGUUGUCAAUGAGACUUUGAGAAAGUAUCCCAUCGCUGGAUACGUUGAACGAGAAUGCGCCCAACCCAAGUCGGGGGAAAAGUUUACUCUACAGCCUUACUACGAUCUGGAGGUACCAAAUGGCAUGGCCUUUUAUGUCUCUACUCUGGCGAUUCAUCGAGAUGAGAAGGAUCCUGAACGCUUCGCGCCAGAAAAUCGUGACAAGAUCAACAUGGAUGCCUAUAUGCCUUUUGGCAUCGGUCCCCGCAACUGCAUUGGCAUGAAACUUGGACUUCUGCAGGCUAAACUUGGUGUCGAUCACUUAUUGCGUAAUCACAGUGUAGCUAAGUGCGAACAAACAGUUGAUUCCUGCAAAUUUGAUGUGAAGACCCCUCUUAUGGCAUCCAAUGUGGACAUUUAUGUGCGACUACAAAAGGAUUAA